UCUUCUCAGGUUCUCCGCUCCUCUCGUCCUCACGCCAGUGCGGCCAUGUCGUCGUCGCCUCUAACCGCCACGCCUUCCCCUCUCCUUCCCGCCAAAUCCAAGAAGCCGCCAUCUCCGCACCCGCUCCUCUCCUACCUCCCGCACUGCACCACCCUCCGGGCGCUCGCGCAGCUCCACGCCGCCGCCGUCAAGGCCGGCCUCCAGGCGCACCCGGCCUUCGUCACCAGGCUCCUCACGCUCUGCACGGACCAGGGGGCCGCCACCCGCGCGCACCUCGCCUACGCCCGCCAGGUGUUCGAUAGAAUCCCCCACCCGGGGGACGUGGUCUGGUACAACACGCUGCUGCGCGGGUACGCGCGCGGGGGCGGAGCCGGGGAGGCCGCGCGGGUGUUCGUCCGGAUGAUGGAGGAAGGCGUUGCGCCGGACACGUACACGUUCGUGUCGCUGCUCAAGGCGUGCGCGGCGGCGCGCGCGGGGGAGGAGGGGCGUCAGGCGCACGGCGUGGCGGUCAAGGCCGGCGCCGCGGAGCAUGAGUACGUCGUGCCCACGCUGAUCAACAUGUACGCCGAGUGCGGGGACGCGCGCGCCGCGCGCGUGAUGUUCGACCGGAUGGACGGGGAGUGCGUCGUCUCGUACAAUGCCAUGAUCACCGCGGCAGUUAGGAGCAGCCGGCCUGGGGAGGCGCUGGUGCUGUUCCGGGAGAUGCAGGCCAAAGGGCUCAAGCCGACGUCCGUGACACUGAUUAGUGUGCUCUCAGCGUGCGGAUUGCUCGGAGCUCUCGAGCUUGGGAGGUGGAUCCAUGAGUAUAUCAGGAAGAUAAGGCUUGAUUCCCUCGUGAAAGUCAACACCGCGCUGAUCGACAUGUAUGCAAAGUGUGGGAGCUUGGAGGAUGCCAUUGGUGUGUUCCAGGAUAUGGAAUCAAGGGAUAAACAAGCUUGGUCUGUGAUGAUCGUGGCAUAUGCCAACCAUGGCUAUGGCAGAGAGGCCAUUUCGAUGUUUGAAGAAAUGAAGAAACAAGGUAUAAAACCUGAUGAUGUUACGUUCCUAGGAGUGCUCUAUGCCUGCAGCCACUCUGGUAUGGUGAGCGAAGGGCUCCAAUACUUUGACAGCAUGCAGGAACAUGGCAUUGUUCCAGGGAUCAAGCACUAUGGUUGUGUGACUGAUUUGCUAGCUCGAUCAGGUCAGCUUGAAAGGGCUUACAACUUCAUUGAUGAAUUGCCAAUAAAACCAACUGCCAUCUUAUGGAGGACGCUGCUUUCUGCUUGUGGGGGGCAUGGAGAUGUUGAUAUGGGAAAACGUGUCUUUGAGAGGAUUAUGGAGCUGGAUGAUUCUCAUGGUGGUGACUAUGUAAUAUUCUCAAAUUUGUGUGCCAACACUGGGAGAUGGGAAGAAAUGAAUAUGGUAAGGAAGCUGAUGAGUGAGAAAGGGGUGGUAAAGGUUCCAGGGUGUAGCUCAAUUGAGAUAGAUAACAUGGUUCAUGAGUUCUUCUCAGGAGAUGGAAGGCAUCCACACUCACAGGAGGCACGCAGAAUGGUUGACGAAGUUAUUGAGCAGCUAAAACUUGUUGGUUACGUCCCUAAUACUUCACAUGUGUUUCAUGUUGAAAUGGGUGAGGAAGAGAAAGCAACAAGCCUAAGAUACCACAGUGAGAAGCUGGCAAUUUCAUUUGGGCUUCUAAAUACAUCACCGGGAAGUACCCUGCGCAUUGUUAAGAAUCUUCGUGUUUGUCCAGAUUGCCAUUCAAUGGCAAAGUUUGUCUCUAUGGUCUUUAACAGGCGAAUCAUACUCAGAGAUCUUAAUCGUUUCCACCACUUUGAGGACGGGGUUUGCUCUUGUGGUGACUACUGGUAGAGUUAGGGAACAUAACUUUUGUAGCAAAAUGCCCUAUCCUUCCAGUAACACAAAGACCUUAUCCAUUCAGGUACGAUUAACUUUUAUGCCCAUGAUAACGAUUGUAGAUUCAUUUUCCAAACAUUUAUGGUAUUGAG